UAAUUAUGAAAUAGAGGAUUUGCCUGUUUACAGAGUCAGGACAGGUGAAGCACGCAGCCCUGUGCUCCGGUGUCGGCACAAGGUCCGGUUCCGACGGAUGAACCACGCGUGAUUUCAUAGUGAUAGUGGCGUCGCCAUCUAACAGUUACUUUGCACUCUGUGUCAUCUUUCAUAUGUUUGCAACUGCCUUUUUCAGUAUGAAUUAUUGAUAAAUAGCUGGCUGUUGCAUGCUGAGACAGAGCUUGGAGGAAAACCCGGACUGGAUCAGGCUCCGGACGGGAACCACUGACGUCUUUGUGCUCAUUAGGUGAUGAAGCGUUAAAAUGCUGCUGUUGGGGAUUUUAAUCCUAUUUUUAAUCUUAUUUUAUACACACGCCAAUUAAAGAAAACAUUGAACCGUUAUAAAGACAAAUCAAGUCAACAUGAACACAACAACGAGGACUACGAGUCAGUUCUGCAGUUACUUGUGUGAGUGGGUUUUCUUUUCAAACCGUCUUGUUGGUGGAUUUUCAUUCACUUACACUGUCGGGGAACGCCUUUAUUGACUAACUGCCAGCGGUGAAUUCUUCAUUGCUGGUAGAUGACUGAUGCGGAUGACUCCACAUCACAGCUGUGGAUAAUUUACUGGCUUCAUUAAGCCCUGACAUACAAAACACCAGCAGCCCACGACUUCUGGUAUUUUGAAGCCGCCUUGUGCAAAACACAGACAAUGUAUUUGUUUGAAGUUGGACGAUUAAAAUAUUAUCGCCAUAGAUUCUGUCAUGACGCGUCGGUGGGUGAUCGGCCCGGUAAAUCCACGUCCCGUGCUCCGCACCGGGUUCUCCCUCUCUCCCUGGGAGCGCUGUUUCAUACGUUCAGUGAUGCCUCUGCAGCUCACAGACGGAGCGAUACAGGAAGAUAGGCUACUGGAGUCUGUGGGACCUUACCAUCCAAGUGACGGGCUCCACGAUCACUCCAGAUUUGGAAUCACCCCAGAGAAAAAAACAAAAGGCUAAUCCAGCUUGAUUCGGAGGAUUACUGACUCUCGGACCGCCGGUGUUGGAACAAGGUGGAAAAAUGUGCACGCACGGAGGACGAGCAGCCUGGAAUUAAGCGCAGGGGAGAAAAGAUGCCGACGAUGAGACAGUAAAGAAGAGCGACUUCCGAGGCCUCUGCAGCAGCAGCAGCAGCAGCAGCAGCAGCAGCAGCUGGACGCGCGAGCCGCAAUGACCAUGAAGGGCCUGUCGAGCAGCCGCAGUCACCCCCACGCGGUGGCCUGCGACCCCUCCUACGACUCCAUGACGCUGGGCCACUCGGACCGCCGGCCCUACGUGCUGGGCCGGGGGGAGGCGCCCCCCCCCGACCGCGCCUGCUACAGCCAGUGCACCUCCUACCCGUCCGAGUGCGGCGCCUACCCCGACCUGGCCAGCUGCACCUUCCCCCGCAGGCACUACAGCUCCCACCACGAGCUGAAGGAGGAGUGCGGCGCGGUGGUGCCUUACAUCGGGCCAGCGGCGGGCGCCAAGGGCAACGCAGGGGGCGGAGGCAACGGCAAUCACGUCCCCUCCAACCUGCUGGAGCAGUUCGAGCGGCAGGCGCCGGUGCGGCGCGAGGGCUACCACACGCUGCAGUACAAGCGCACGGCGGUGGAGCACCAGCGCAGCGACAGCCCCGGACGCAUCCGCCACCUGGUCCACUCCGUGCAGAAGCUCUUCACCAAGUCCCACUCCCUGGAGGGGCCCUCGGGGGCCGGCGGCGGGAGCGGCCGGAUGAACGGCAGCAAAUCCAGCCCCGACGACCCGCCCUCGUCCUCCGGCACCCUGAAGCACAGCAAGCGCAGCAAGAGCAAGGACCGCUCCAAGUCGGAGCCCAAGAUGCGCACGGCCAUUUCAGGCUACUGGAGCUCGGACGACACGCUGGACCGGGAGGUGUGCCUGUACCACCACCACGCCCCGGGGGGCCUGCCCUCCGGGGUCAUGACCAUGGGCCGGCACCCGGACAAGUCCCAGUCCCAGUACUUCAUGGAGUCCUACAACACCAUCAGUGCUCACUCCCUCAAGACGUCGCGCAGCAACAACGACGUCAAGUGCUCGACGUGCGCGGGCGGCGGCGGCGCGCUGCAGCUGGUGGGGCCGCUGGAUGGACAGGUGCAGCUGAAGAAGAGCUCGUGGUCGUCCACGCUCACGGUGAGCAGAGCCAGGGAAGUCUACCAGAAGGCCUCCGUCAACCUGGAUAAAGCUCUGGUGAAGGCCGAGCAGGGACGCACCUGCCACUUCCUGCAGGUGCCGCAGGACGACUGGAGCGGCUUCUCGCCGCUGGGCAAGGACGACGAGAUCCCGUGCCGGCGGAUGCGCAGCGGCAGCUACAUCAAGGCCAUGGCGGAGGAGGACAGCGGCGACUCGGACUGCAGCCCCAAGCCGUCGCCCAAGGUGCAGGCGCGGCGGGCGAGUUACCUGAAGGCCACGCAGCCGUCGCUCACCGAGAUGACGACGCUCAAGAUUUCCACAGAGCAUUCGCCCAAGCUGCAGAUACGGAGUCACAGCUACCUGCGGGCGGUGAGUGAGGUUUCCAUCAAUAGGAGUCUGGACAGCUUGGACCCGGCAGGGCUGCUGGCCUCGCCUAAAUUCCGCUCGCGAAAUGAAAGCUACAUGAGAGCAAUGAGCACCAUCAGCCAGGUGAGCGAGGUGGAGGUGAACGGGCAGAUCGAGGCCGUGUGCGAGUCGGUGUUCAGCGAGAUGGAGUCGCAGGCGGUGGACGCCCUGGACCUGCCCGUGCCCGGCUGCUUCCGCAUGCGGAGCCACAGCUACGUGCGCGCCAUCGAGAAGGGCUGCUCGCAGGAGGAGGAGGAGGGCGGUGGCGCCGCGGCGGGCAAGCGGCGGGCCCACUCCCCCCCACGCUCCACCACCGUCAGAACCAUCCAGAGCAGCACAGUGUCAUCAUGCAUCACCACUUACAAGAAAACGCCUCCCCCCGUCCCGCCGAGGACCACCCCAUCCAAGCCCUUCAUAUCCAUCACGGCCCAGAGCAGCACCGAGUCGGCCCAGGACGCCUACAUGGACGGCGGCUCCGGCGCGCGGGCCGGCAUCAGCUCGCAGCCGGGCCUGUCCAACUCCACGGAGAGCAUCGACAGCAUGAAGGCCCUGACGGCGGCCAUCGAGGCGGCUAACGCGCAGGUGCACGGCCCCGCCAGCCAGCACGUCACCAACAGCACCAUCACCAUCACCGCCACCGCCACCACCUCGGCCGUCGCACACCUGUCGGCGGACAGCAAGGCGCAGAGGGAAGCACUGCGCAAGUGCCUCUCCAUAGGGAUCCAGGUGGACCCGGACGAAGGGGAGCCCGCGGACGAGCAGUCGAAGUUCCAGUCCAUAGGAAUUCAGGUGGAAGAUGAGCGAUGUCACCGCCGGAUGACCCGCUCCAACAGCGUGACCACGGCGGUGCAGGCCGACCUGGACGAGCCCGGCGCCGCCCCGGCGCUGCCGCCGCGCCACUGUGCCACCAUGCCCCGCCAGUACUCGCGCGACGCCGCCACCUCCACCGUCAGCAUCCAGGGCUCGGGGAACCACUACCACGCCUGCGCCGCGGACGACUACGGGGACGCGGGCUUCGACCCGUCCAUCCUGCCGCCGCCCGACCCCUGGAUGGACAGCGUGGCGGAGCCGGAGGCGCCGGAGAGCGCGGGCCGGGCCGUGUGCCCGCGCGACGGCCGCUGGUUCCUGAAGCUGCUGCAGGCGGAGACGGAGCGCAUGGAGGGCUGGUGCAGGCAGAUGGAGCAGGACGAGAUGGAGAACGAGCUGCCUGAUGACAUCCUAGGGAAGAUCCGCAGUGCAGUGGGGAGUGCCCAGCUGCUGAUGUCCCAGAAGUUCCAGCAGUUCCGGGAGCUGUGUGAGGAGAAUCUGAACCCGAACGCACACCCGCGGCCCGUCUCCCAGGACCUGGCGGGUUUCUGGGACAUGCUGCAGCUGUCCAUCGAAAACAUCAGCCUGAAGUUCGACGAACUCCACCAGCUCAAGGCCAACAACUGGAAACCUCUCGCGCCGCCAGACAUUCAGGAGAGAAGGAUACCCCCCGCUGUGCCAAAGAAGCCCCAGAAGGGCAACCCUUCCCUGGCUAGGGACCGCUCGCUGGAAAGCUCUGAGCGCCAGCGUCUGGAGGCUCGCAAGCGCCUGCUAGCUGCCAAACGCGCCGCCUCGGUUCGGCAGAGCUCUGCCACCGAGAGCGCAGACAGUAUUGAGAUCUAUAUCCCCGAGGCUCAGACUAGACUAUGAGACGCGCCGACACACGUACCCACCCCCCCACCCAGUAAUAAUGGUACGGCCAGGGUGCUAACGUUACAUAAUCAGAGUACCCAGAUCACUGUGGGCUCAGUCGUGAUGGAAGAUGUUGUACAAGAAAUGUACGUUUACAGUAUUUAUAUUAUUUAUUUAUUUAUUCAUGCCCCCCCCCCAACCCUUUAUUUUAAUCCCCCAGCUUUGAUGUAGCACUCCCCCCUUUUCCUCGUUACCUCCACUUGCCUCUUACCCACACAGAAGUAUCCUUAAAUCUCUUUUAUAAGUGACCUGAUAUGACAAAGUGUAGCAGUAAUGCUUCAUGAUAACAGGAGGACGGUGUGAGUUGAGUGACCUGAUCGGUCGGGGUUUAUUAAUCAAAUUAGAUGAAAACUCCAGACCUGAUGCCAUAUUUACCGAAGUUGAUUUCACGUUUGUCCGAGUCGGAUCGUAGCGGCAGCUCACACGUUUUGUGUCAUAUACUGACGUUGAAGCAUAGGACGGGAGGUCGGCCUUUUAGGAAGGGGUCAGAGGUCGCCUUUUUAUCUCCUCCAGGUAAAGGAAAACGAGCUCCGGAGCCGACGCCGGCGUGAGUGCCCUUCACCGAACGAAUCACUGUUCUGAGAUGCCACAACCUAAUCUCCGCGAGUGUUUUUUCCCGUGACUGAUCGAGGUGCGCGUGUUUUUUGAUGUUUCUUUUCAGAAGUGCUUCCUAUUUUUCUAGGUCUAAAGGGUCCUAGCUGUAAUGGAUUACCGAGGUAGCCGCAUCCACCGACCGUAAACACACUAAGCGCCCUGUCUCGUUCUAGGAUUGAGCCAAACAUAUUUGUAUAGAGGAACUAUUAUAACAUAACGUGCAUGCUGACACAAAGUAACCGAUAUUUUUGUCUUUUUUAACAGGUUCGAUCCUUUUUCAUGUUUCAUUGAAGCGUUCAGUGGUACAGACUAAGCUAUAAUACUGAUAUUUGACACAAUACUGGUAGUUGUACUAUAUUUUAUGAUGUUCAUUUCUUGACAGUGCUGCGACAACAGAACUGAAAAGGGACUUUCUCUCUCACUGUGUGUGCACUAUCUCUGCCUCUAGAUGAAGCAAUUCUUUGAUGGUCAUACAAAGGAAAAUGCUAUUUGUAAUCUUUUGUAUUCACAUUUAAUUUAUUGAUUAGGAGAACAAUGACUGUUUGACAUUGUGAUUAUUAUUAUUAUAUUAUUAUUAUUAUUAUGCACUGAGAACAAGGCCCUUAUACUGUGUUUAUGUUUCAUUUGUGUUGGUUCUUUUAGCAUGACAGGCACCGUUUCGUCGUUUCCGUUUCAGUGAUCAGCCUUAAUUUAAUAUGAUAGUCGAGCACAACAGCAGUCUCAGGGGAAGAAGCGUGCGACUGAGUGUGUGUGAGCGAGUGUGACUGUAUGUGACCCACGGUUUCGUCUCUUGCUGUACAUAACCCCUGUCACCAACACAGGCCGCGACCUUGACUCAAAGGAGGCGACGGCCGUGCCAUCUUUAAACCCGACUUAUAUCAGUCCAACACGGAAUAUCUGUCCGCUGCUUGAAUGUGGAGACAAUCCUGAGCCGUUUACCGUCACCUUGUUUUUGUUGAAUAGCAGGAGUUUGAUGUGUUAGUCGAAUCAACCUGAGAAAAGGUUUUGUGCCAUUGGGUGUUCAUUGGUGAGGAUAUAUUCCUGCUAUUUGUCGCUGUUGAAAGGUAGCAGAGGAUUUAACCCAGACGUUUAUUUCAGAUGGAACUCAAGUGAAGGUCAAAUUGUACGGGAUGAUUUGUAUUUCCUUUAGAUGUUUGAGAUACAAUUUUAGAGAGGGUGCAUACGAGUAAGAGUAGUUCAAAUGCCCUUUUAUGUAGAUGAAGGUCAUUUUAGCAUUUUUGUAUUUGAAUUGAACAAAUCUGUCAAAUGAUCGACUUCUUAUUUAUGUUUCUUAUAACAACAUAUCAAUAUAACAAUCCUGGUAUAGCAGGAGGAAAGAAAUCCGACAGCUGGGUUGCUGGAAACACAAAAGGCACUUCAGCAACCGUGGCCCCUCAGAAGCUUGUGAUGUAGUUAUACUAAAACAUUCAAAUAAACAUUUGUACAUAAAUGAAUGUUUCCCUAUGUAAAUGUAAACUGAAAACCCAGUUAAAUGACAUAUUAAGCAUAUAUACAUUUUGUAAUUAAUGUUACUACACUGUUGAUGUUACGGCACGUGUAUGAGCUCUUAUCAGCAUUAAAAGAAAUAUCGUUGCCAUA